AAGUUUAAAGGACAAAAAGCAAAUGUAUAAAUCAAUGUGCGGAGGUGAUGGAAGCAAAGAUGGCUUGCAAGGAUAGAAAGCAGAUGCUCAGCAUGUCUUGGUUGCUCUGACAAUGAGCAUCAACUUGUCCCUCAGUAAGGAGAAUGCCUCAGAAAACCUCACACUGCUGGAAGAGGGAGCAGGCAGAAUCGCCGAGUCAAUUGCUAUCAUCAUUAUUGCUAUUUUCAUCUGUUUAGGAAAUCUGGUGAUCGUCCUCACUCUUUACAAGAGGUCAUACCUGCUCACCUUAAGCAACAAGUUUGUUUUCAGCCUCACUCUGUCCAACUUCCUUCUUUCGGUGCUGGUGCUUCCUUUCGUUGUUACCAGCUCCAUCCGUCGGGAAUGGAUCUUUGGAGUUGUUUGGUGCAACUUCUCUGCCCUACUCUAUAUGCUCAUCAGCUCUGCCAGUAUGCUCACACUCGGAAUCAUUGCUAUCGAUCGAUACUAUGCUGUUCUGUACCCAAUGGUUUACCCUAUGAAGAUUACGGGUAACAGAGCUGUUGUUGCCAUAGUGUAUGUGUGGCUUCAUUCUCUAAUUGGAUGCCUUCCACCCCUCUUUGGUUGGUCAUCUUUAGAAUUUGAUCAGUUCAAAUGGAUGUGUGUAGCUGCAUGGCAUAAGCAGGCAGGUUACACCGCAUUUUGGCAGAUAUGGUGUGCUUUGCUACCAUUUAUAGUCAUGAUCAUUUGCUAUGGUUUCAUAUUUCGUGUGGCCAGGAUUAAGGCACGGAAGAUUCACUGUGGCAGCGUGGUCAUUGCUGCGGAAGAUACACAAAGGAAUGGGAGAAAGAACUCGAGUACUUCAACGUCCUCAUCAGGCAGCCGAAGGAAUGCUUUCCAAGGGGUUGUUUAUUCUGCCAAUCAGUGCAAAGCUUUGAUCACAAUUUUAGUUGUGAUUGGGGCUUUUGUUAUCACGUGGGGGCCUUACAUGGUGGUUAUCACGUCUGAGGCACUUUGGGGUAAAAACUGCAUUUCCCCUGCUUUUGAGACAUUAGCAACAUGGUUAUCUUUUACAAGUGCUAUCUGCCAUCCUUUGAUUUAUGGACUCUGGAAUAAAACUGUACGCAAAGAGUUACUGGGAAUGUGCUUUGGAGAUCGGUACUACAGAGAAUCAUUUGUUCAAAGGCAAAGGACAUCCAGAUUAUUUAGUAUUUCUAAUAGGAUCACAGAUCUAGGAUUAUCUCCACAUCUGACAGCUCUCAUGGCAGGGGAGCGGACGUUAGGACACAGCAGCAGUACAGGAGAUACAGGCUUCAGUUGCUCUCAGGAUUCAGGGACAGAUGUUAUGCUGCUUGAAGAUUAUAGUUCUGAUGGAAUCAAUCACCCACAUUGUGUUUACCCUCGUCGACGGAGUUCUGUAACUUUUGAAGAUGAAGUGGAACAAAUUAAAGAAGCAGCAAAGAACUCUAUCCUUCAUGUAAAGGCCGAAGUUCACAAAUCGCUGGAUAGUUAUGCAUCCAGUUUGGCCAAAGCAAUUGAAACGGAUGUGAGGAUCACCUUGUUUGGAGGAGAUGCCCUGUCUGGCUUUUUGUUCCCAGCACGAACUGUGGCAGGCAACAAUGCAAGCGCACGGCAUGGCGGCAGGAUUCACAUUGGACAAAAAAUACAACUACAAAGCAUUGAAGAAGGAAACACUUAAAAUUGCUUCAAUAAAACAAAUAGGAAAAAAAAUAACUAAAACUGAUGCACAGCCACGAUUCUUUGCAAGGAAAGCAAAACAGGUCCCUGUUUUUUAAGCAAAGCUUUAAAGAAUCAUCUUAAUGCAAUAUUACAAAACAAAGUAACUCAAAAUAUUGGGAAAUUGAAAGUAUGAAAGGGUUCACUGAUCCCUAAAUAAUAAAGUA